AUGGCGUGGUUUCAGAAGAAACGCGUGGACUCAUUGUUUGACAACACGAAAGAUAGUUCAGAGAAAGAUUUAGUUUUUAUAACUUAUAAAGGUUUGACCGCCCCAGUUACUUGUACUGAAGAGUUCAAGGGCUCGUCAAACACAAUUCUUAACUUUCUUAGGUCUAUUGGAGUUAGCUUGGAAAAAUAUAUUGCUAAAGCCGGCCGAUGCGAAACUGGGGACCCUUAG